AUGGAGUCCUAUACUGACACUACAUUCAUGGAUUUGUUGAGUUCUCGUUCAACAAAUGAGGUUCCAGAAUCAUGUUCACAAGCACAACAUAUUGAUGCAUCUAUCCCGCAGAAUCAAAAGACGUCAUCUUCACCAAGUAUCCAAAGAAGCAACAAGCGUCCUCGAUCAUCCUCGAUAAGUGCUUGGUUGAACAAUUCUAUUGAUCCUAUUGAAGGAAAUCCCAAGAAGGGAGAUAUCUACUGGAAACAGGUGACUCAGGACUACAAUAGCAACAGUCCGGUGGACCGCAAACGUAAAGCCAAGCAUCUGAAAGAUCAUUGGGGAAAGAUAAAUAGGAAGGUUGUGCAUUUCAAUGGAAUUUAUUGCAGACUAAAGGAGGUUUAUGUGAGUGGCCAAAAUGAUGAAAUGCUAAUGGAUAAGGCUCUCCGAAUGUACAAGGAAGAAACACAACAAAAUUUCAGUUUUUCCUAUUGGUGGGCAGAAGUGCGUCGACAGCCAAAGUGGAAUAGGGUAUACACUGAAAAGGAGAAUAAAGAAAUGAGGCUACGUGGCCCAUCUGAUGACAUCAAUGAACAUGUGGAGGAAAAACGUCCACAAGGUACAAAGGCUGCUAAAGCAAAAGCCAAAGGGAAGUCACAGGCUCCACCUGGUACAUUGUCUCAUGAUGAUUUUGAGCUAUAUCAUGAGUCUCAAACAUUGAAAGCUGCUACAACAGAGAAGAUGGCAGAAGUUCAGCUUCAGGUUUCACAAGAUCAGAAAGAAGCAGCACUUGCAAAAGAGAGAAGAGAGUUGGCAAAGAAGGACAUGAAAAUCAUGGAUAAGUACACCACGCUACUGAUGGCUGACACCACAAGCUUCACAAGUUCACAGAGGGAGGAACACGAGAUAGCAUUGAUCCGUGCCAUUUUGCCUAACAAUACAGAGGGAGGAACACGAGAUAGCACAGAGGGAGGAACACGAGAUAGCAUCGAAGUACUUCCGUGCCAUUUUGCCUAACAAUAGUGAGUAGUGAGUUGUGAUUAGUUUAAUACUUAACUAACUAUUCAGAUAUCAGCUUGUAAAACUAUUAUAUUUGUGGUCAGAGGGAGACUACUUCCCACAUGAAUCAUGUAGUUGCACAUAAACGAAGUUAUCCCACACACAUGGUUAGAGAGAGACCAGCUCACGCAUGACUAAGAUGGUUAGAGAGAGACUAGCUCCCCCAUGACUUAGAUACGCCCAUGUUCAGAGAGAGGAUAAUUGCAGCAUUAAUUAUAUACUUGAAGAACACUAAUUGUAGUACAUGAUGACUCCAUCUCACACACAUGGUUAGAGAGAGACUCGUCCUUACAUAUACGCUAGUCUUAAUUUAGUAAUUUGUUCAGCACUUCUCCUAUAUGUAUAGCUCCAUACAACAACUGAAGACAAAGAUAUAGAAUAGAACCGGUUGCAAUGUCUACUCUGCACCAUGGACCUAUUGAUGGGUUUGAGGGUCUACUACAAAGAAAUUCUGCCCUUCGAGAUAGAUCAAAGCAUACCAGAUUAAAGAAAGAUUUAAUUCAACGUAUCUGGAACAGAUACGGAGCAGAAUAAAUAAAGAAGUUUGUUUUUCCGAAGUCACUAAAUAAGUCUUCAUUUAGAAGUCUACGUCUUCUUUAUGUUUUUUAAGAAUUUCAUUAUGUAA